CGUUUAGCUAUCUAGCUGAGCUAUUUUUUUGGACAUUAUUGUUUUGUCAGCUUGCUGUCUCAGAGCAAGCCACCUGUUUUCUGUUGGUUUAGCGACUGUUAGCUGGCGAGGUGUUACCUGGCUAGCUACUUCACCAUUCUGCUUGUGAUGUUUUCCGUCAAACCUCUGAAACCAACAUUUAAGUCCUACCUUCCUCCUUUGCAGACAGAACUGACGAAAACCCCUCAGCCGACAAUCAAUAAGUUAGAGGCCAAGUUACUUCCAGGGGAGAUUGUGGUGAACGAGGUGAACUUUGUGAGGAAGUGCAUCGGCGCCGAGAGCAGCCGGGACGACCUGUGGGGGAAGCUGAUCUGCACCAACUUCAAGAUCUCCUUCGUCACCCACGACGCGCUGCCUCAGCAGAAAUUCCAGUAUGCGAACAGAUUACUCGGAGAGCACGACGUUCCCCUGGCGUGUGUGGAGCAGGUGGUCACAGUGAACGAUGCGAAAGGGAAGCAGAAGGUUCUGGGAUCAAACCAGAAGCUGAAGUUCAACCCCACCGAGCUCAUUGUCUACUGCAAGGACUUCCGCAUCGUCAGGUUCCGCUUCGACGAGGCGGGGCCCGAGAGCGCCAAGAAGGUCUGCCUGGCCAUCGCCCAUUACUCCCAGCCGGCCGACCUGCAGCUGCUGUUUGGGUUCGAGUACGUCGGGAAGAGACACUGCGCGCCCUCAGGUGACCAGGUCAACGGAGCCGACCGCGCGGGAGGGCCGCAGACCCCGCUCUUCGACCGCACCUGCGACUGGGACCGCGAGAUCAAGCGCACGGGGGCGUCGGAGUGGAGGGUGUGCUCGGUCAACGAGGGCUUCUCCGUCUCUCCCAGUCUUCCGGAGUACUUUGUGGUUCCGGUGUCCCUGGCGGAUCAGGACCUGAAGCAGUACUCCGGGUUCUUCACCGCACAGCGUAUCCCUCUGUGGUGCUGGAACCACCACAAUGGGAGCGCCCUGGUCAGAAUGGCCAGCAUCAGAGACCCAGCACAGCAGAGGAAGCUGGACCAGAGGAUCUGCAACGCUGUCACCAGGAGCCACCCCAAGCGCGGGGACGUCCUGAAGUCUGACCUGGACAAGAGCCUGCCGAGCAUCCAGGACGUGCAGGCGGCCUUCGUCAGGCUGCGGCACAUCUGUGUGAUCGAGCCCUUCGAGGAGUCAGAGGAGAAGUGGCUGUCGUCCAUGGAAAGCUCUCGAUGGCUGGAGUAUGUCAGGGCCUUCCUGAAGCAUUCCGCAGAGGUGGUGUACAUGUUGGAGGGGAAGCAGGCGUCCGUCAUUCUGCAAGAGGAGGAGGACCGGGACCUGAGCUGCGUGGUGUCCUCGCUGGUGCAGAUCAUGCUGGACCCCCACUUCCGCAGCCUGCAGGGCUUCCAGAGCCUGGUCCAGAAGGAGUGGGUGAUGGCCGGCCACCGCUUCCUCGACCGCUGUAACCACCUGAAGAGGAACGACAAAGAGGAGGCUCCCCUCUUCCUGCUGUUCCUGGACUGCGUGUGGCAGCUGAUGAACCAGUACCCAGCCGCCUUCGAGUUCACAGAGACCUACCUGACCGUGCUGAGCGACAGCAUGUGGGUGCCGGUCUUCAGCACCUUCCUCUUCAACUGCGCCCGGCAGCACACCGAGCACAGCAGGGAUUUCGCCCGCAGUAAGAACAUCCCCCUGGGGAGGGACAAGGCGCUGCGCUUCCCCCCAGUGUGGGACUGGUCCCAGCAGUUUACCCUGAAAGACCAGGCCCUGUUCAACAGCCCCCUGUACGUGGGCAAGGGCGGCCCCUGCGUACAGAAUGGGGCAGUCAAGUCGUUCAAACGCACAAAGAAGAACUACAGCUCCACGCUGCGGGGGAUGCCCUCUCUGCGGAACGGCCUGCUGGGAGAGCACGACUACUUCCCGCGGCGGAGCUCGCUGGUGCUGCGGCUCCGGCCCGACUUCUCCCAGCUGCGGGAGGCGGCGGAGAGCCCGUCGGAGCGCUUCUUCGGGGACUGGCUCUCGCGGCCGCCGGACCUGCAGGGCCUGCUCCUGCCCCAGCUCCUGCCCUCGCACCUCAAGCUGUGGCGGCUCUACUUCCUGCGCUGGGUCCCGGAGGCGCAGAUCUCGCGGGGCGGCCCCAUCACGGCCUUCCACAAGCUGUCGCUGCUGGCGGACGAGAUCGAGACGCUGCAGAGGCAGCUGCGGCAGUACAAGGGCGGCGCGCCCCCCUCCUCCGCCCCGGCCUCCGCCCCCGGCACCCCCCAGCCGGAGCAGCGCAGGAUGUACUUCAAGGCCGACACGCCCCGGGACCCCCCCUCGCCCCCCGAUUACCUCAGCUCCUCCUUCCCCUUCUCCCCCGUGGGUAACCUGUGCCGGCGGAGCAUUCUGGGGACGCCCCUCAGCAAGUUCCUCAGCGGGGCCAAGAUCUGGCUCUCCACGGAAACGCUCGCCAGCGAGACUCUCUGAGCCCCGCCCCCGGACAGGGCGUCGCGUCGGGGACCGUGACGUCACCGGCCGGGGAACCGCGGACGGGGAGGCCCGGGUCAGAAGCGGGAGGCCGUGACCGCGGUUGACUCGCAUUCUGAGCUUUCGUUUUUUGCACACAAUGAUUCGGCGUCGCUCAAAUCGCACAUUCUCCUGAGUAAGCUUGUUUCUAUCCUGGGUGCCAGGGUUUCACUCUCUCCUCAGGUCGCAGAUGCUGAGGUGCGUGUAGUUUUCAAUUAAAAGACGAACAGCGUGGAAUUUCAGCAGGCAUGGAUUUUGUGGAGACGUUAAUAUUGAGCUGUCAGUCGAGGAGACAUUUUGGAGAGAGACGCAGAGAAACUUAAUGCUUUGUAUUCUGUGGUAGCUUACACUCUCUAAGCUCUUUAUUUUUAACAUUUAAUACAUAGUGGUUUUAUUUCUUUAGAGACCUUCUGGUAAGGUACAGUAGAGUUUUGUUUUGACCUAAAUAAGACCCGUAAUCUGAAAAUCUUUUUGUUUGGUGUGGCAGGGUAACAUAUUUUUAACCCCUCAUAAAUCCCUUCAUAACAUAUCUGAUGAGACCAUUCAUAUGCAGUCAGCAUACCAAGGAAAUAGUGGGAGGCAUAGCACCAGCCGUGUUUUAGGAUGUAUUUUUUGGGUGGUAUAUAGACAUUGUAGUGACCUGGCCUGCACGCUAGGCUGCUUUGCUAGAAGACAGGGUUGC